GCUUCAAUCUCCGCAUCAGCCAAGAAUCGGCUGUCGGCCCGGACGCCUAUUCUGCGGGCUUUCUCGGGCGACUCCAACCGCGAUGUGCUACCCCAGACAAUUAACUGCGCUCAAUGCCCUCGCAUGCUGCAGGUCAACACAACACAGGUUAACACCACAGUUCGCUUACCAUGCGAACCUCAUUGGCAUAUAGGACUGGAAGCCUCCUUCGCGCUUCUCGCAUGCACUAUCGGACCUACGCAUCUUCCUCCACUAACGCAUCCCCCAUCAAAGUCCAAGUCCACCCGGCGCCCAACUCAGGCAAGAUCCGCGUCCUUCUUCUCGACCGUCCAGAAGCUCGCAAUGCCCUCUCACGCAGACUUGUGUCUGACCUCCGAGAACACGUUUCCGAAAUCCAAGCCGAGAACGGUUCAGGUCCAACCCGAGCCCUAAUCCUCGCGUCUAAUACCGAUAAAGCGUUCUGCGCAGGCGCAGAUCUACGGGAACGAAAAGGCAUGACCCAUGAAGAAACCCUCGAGUUCCUCAGCUCCAUGCGGAACACGUUCACCGAAAUAUCGAACCUCCCCAUCCCGACCAUCAGCGCCAUUUCUUCUGUUGCCCUAGGAGGUGGCACCGAGAUCUCACUUUGCACCACGUUUCGCAUUUUCAGUUCAACUGCGAUCGUAGGCCAACCCGAGACCAAGCUAGCCAUCAUCCCCGGUGCAGGUGGGACGUAUCGUCUCCCCGCACUCAUUGGUGUCAACCGCGCACGCGACCUCAUCCUGACAGGACGACGAGUUGGCGGCGCAGAGGCAUAUUUUCUAGGUCUGUGCAAUCGCCUGGUCGAAGUGACGCCAGAAGAGGCGAAAGAAGAAGGCAAGGCACGGCAAAAGGUCCUUGAUGCAAGUUUACAACUCGCCAACGAGAUCUGUGAAGGUGGACCUAUAGCUGUGACUCAGGCAAUGCGCGCGAUGAACGGCUGGCAACGCGGCGAGCCAUCUGAAAACGAGGCGUACGAUGUCAUCCUGAAGACUGAAGACCGCGUCGAGGCGCUCAAGGCGUUCGCCGAGAAGAGAAAGCCCGUCUUCAAGGGCAGAUAAUGGAAAAUCUGUGGCGGCAGACAUGCUUUCAUCACCGUGAUACCCCUUGUAAGAGCCCUCUCAACGUCGAAGUAUUCUCAUGGGAAGCAAGCUUCACUCGAGAGACAGGUUGGGGCUACAACUAGACGAACGUCAUGAAUAUAAAAUUCGUUGCAAAUCUCAUGCACACUGAGCAAGAUAUUCGAUACGCCGCAUAUC